AUGGUGUGCAGCUGCUGUAACCUGACAGCCCCGCGGUUCGAGCCAUUUAUCGACCCGUCCUCUUUACAACUGCUCUGCCCUCUCGACAACGAGAAAAAGGAUUUCAAACUGGCUGUUGGAACUUCAAGAGAGGGUAACACAAUGCAAAGCAUGCUUGAGCAUCUGCCAAUCGAAAUCUACCAUAAUUGCCUCCAGUAUCUCGACCUUGGCAGUAUCAUUACGGUACGAAGGCUGUCGCAAACCACACGAUCAGCAGUCGACUCACUGCUUCAAUACAAGGAGCUUUACGAACAUGCGCCGAACAUUCUGAGAGCCUGUUUGAAGACUGGAAUAGCACCUCAUAUUCCACUCGUCCGACUCCAUCAUGCACUUACGACUCUGGAGUGCCACUAUUGCAAGACAUCUAAAACGCCUUCUUUCAAGUUCAGUUCGUACCUCUCCCUCCAUACCGGCCACCGAACCUGCUUAUUCUGCAUUCGCAACAACACUCUGCUCAAAACAGCCGAAUUCCAGACUCUAGUACCACUUUGCUGCAACCCACGAACUUCAAUAGUCAUGACCUCCUUGCCCCUAUUCCGAACCCUUCCAGGAGCUUAUAACACACCGCUCGACCCCGGAAACGUUCCACCUCCGCCGACGACUUUGGUUCUAUCCUCUGCCAUAAAGACGAAACCAGGCCGUUCAUUCUCGAAUCAAGAGCGGAAGGUCAUAUUUGGUAAUGAGGAAAUACCAUCUGUUGCGCACCAUCCUUUAGUAAAAUCAAUCAACGAGUCCAAUAUCAAUCCAGCUGAACACUAUGUUGGUCCAGAUUCUGCAAAACAGAUUACCCACAGAUACGCCUCAGUAAUCGCGUUCCCAUACGUUCCACCAUCAAGGACCAUAGGUGACUAUGGCCUCUUCUGUAAGGAAUGCGUUCUAAUGAUGCGUUACCGUGAGGAACAGUGGACCAGAAAGCAGCGCAGGCGCGUGAACCCCAUAGCCAGCGCUCGUACCAUUGACAUCGUAACAAAAGCGCGAGAGAUGGCUUGCAGGCAGUACGUAGUGUCCGACGAGGCUCAGGCCGAAGCCGUCAAGUUAGAAGGAGAUAGGAAAACAAUGAGUCUCACGGAGCACCUGAAGACUCAUGCUGCCGAUACGACGCUCAGCCCGGAAUGGAAGGCGUGGCGAGCAGCACAGAGGGGACCACCACUACCUUUAUUCCAUAACGACCGGUUUGGAUGA